GUUCAGACAAUGAAAAUGACGGGAGGUAGCUUAUUGUAUAAUCAAGUGUGAUCAGUGGAGGAGGCAAAAACUUCAGAGGAUCAAAUAAAAUAUAGGAAAAUGUUAGUGAGAUAAAGGAGAACAUUUUGUUUAUGAUUUCGAACUUUUGAGACUCAUUUGGUGAUAAGAGAUAAGAAUGAUAAUCCUUGUGAUAACAAUGACUAUAAAUUGAAUUAGAAACGAUAAUUAAGAAGCUAUUCAGAUUUUAAGAUUUUUGAUCGCUUGGAUUAAGGAUUUUUUUACUGCGGUUGAAUUUUCAAGCAAAAUGGAAAAAAACAAGGAAUUUUCUCGAGAACCAGGAAAAAGUCGGCAGUAUAUGACUGCUGUUAUAGUGAAUUUGGCAGCCUUGGCCUAUGGGAGCUCCUUAGGAUGGAUUUCUCCAGUUCUACCUAAUCUGCUUAGUAAAGAAACUCCAGUGGGAACCGAACCCAUGACGGAUGAAUCCGCAUCCUGGUUGGUAGCAAUUCUCUGCCUAGGUGGUUUAGUAACCACGCCAAUACUCGGACCUCUCUCAGACAAAUUUGGUCGAAAAUCAGUCGGAUGUUUAAUUACCCUGCCAUCAAUAAUGAGCUGGCUUCUGAAAAUUUUCGCUCGAGAUCAAGAUUAUCUCAUCGCUGCAAGAUUUCUUGCUGGAGUGAAUGGAGCAGGCUGUCUUUUUUUCAUUCCACUUUACAUUUCCGAAACUACGAGCGAUGCCAUCCGUGGAACUGCAGGCAGUUUUUUGGUCCUUUUUCUCAAUAUUGGCUUCCUUUUCUCCUUCAUCAUCGGACCACUCAUAUCUUUCAAUUUAUUCGCCAUCGUUUGUCUUAUCCUGCCUCUUAUCUUUUUGGGAUUUUUUGUAUUAAUGCCAGAGACACCCGUGUACUUAAUCAGGAAAAAUAAAAUUGCUGAAGCUACGAAAUCAUUGAUGUGGUUAAAAGGAGGAGAUAAAGAGGCUAUUGAUCGAGAAUUAGUUCAUCUGCAAGGUCAGAUUAAAGAGGCCAGUGUUUCCAAAUCAGCGAAAUUUUCAGAUCUCUUCAAGGACAGAGGAACAAUUAAAGGACUGAUAAUUGCUUUUGGCUUGCUUGGUGGCCAACAGAUGUGCGGAAUGCUAGCAGUGGUCAGCUAUUCAACAACAAUUUUUGAGAUGGCAGGAAGUAUGCUCUCGCCUUCUAUAUCAACAAUCAUCAUUGGAGUGAUACAACUAACCGGUUCAUAUUUAUCAACAGUACUUAUAGAUCGAGUUGGUAGAAAAUUAUUAAUUUUAAUAUCCUGCGCAUUGAUGUGCACAUGUCACGUAAUUUUGGGUAUUUUUUUUUAUUUUCAAUCCCUUGAAUAUGAUUUAAAAGCCCUUGGUUGGAUUCCAGUAACAGCUCUUUCCAUUUUCGUUCUAGCGCAUUGUUUAGGACUGGGUCCUGUACCUUUUAUAGUGGUUUCCGAAAUAUUCAGACCGGAACUCGCUAGUUUGGCGAGUGGAUUUUCAUUAUGUACAUUGUGGUUUCUUCUUUUUAUGGUAGUCAAAUUUUUUGCUACUGCAAUCACACUGAUAGGAAUUUCCAAUUGUUUUUUUAUCCUAGCUGCUUUCUGUGCCAGUACUUUUUUCCUGACGCUUUUGAUCGUUCCUGAGACUAAGGGACGAAGUAUUGAAUCCAUUUUUAGUGAAUUGAAUGGAAUUCCUCAUUUAAAUUCGAAAGGAACAGUUUAAAUUAUUUAGAUAAUUAAAUUAGUUGAAAGUUAAUUAGAUAUUUUUUUAUUGUUUAUAGAAAUAUUUACUAACUGAAAUUUUCGGAAAUUAAACACAAAUCCAAUGAUCAAAUUUGGAGAACACUGUUAAAUUUCACAUUUCAAAUAAAAAUUAAAUAAAAAAAAGAAUGAAAAAUAAGGCAACUCCUUCUUUCUUUUUUUCUAUCGUCUUUAAAAUACAAUAGAAAAUAGAAACGCGCGCUGGCCGCGCGAUUAUUUUUUUUGUUCUCGCGCAAUUUUUAAAUUAAUAUAUAAAAUUAAUAU